CUUGGGGGGUGGGGGGGAGAUAUCCAAUACUAGUAGUAUAAUUAAAAACAAGGGUUGAUUACUUCUUCAUUUUCUGGGUUUGCGUUUAAAGUCUUCAUUAAUUCUUACAACAUAAGUUUAAGCUCAAAACCCAAUGCAAUGUUAUGAAGUAAAGAGGCUUUGGUAAUGCGACUGCUAGAAUACAAAGAGGGUUUUAAUUCUCAGUGUGGCUCCUUCUUCUCUUCAGGGUAGGAAGCAAAUUGGUGAAAAGUUUCCUCUUUUGGAAAGGUUUGAUUUGUCUUCUUCUUCUUUGGAAAGUGGCCUUCUUCAAGGGGGGUUUUAGCACUCGGUGAAAGUUUCCUACUUUUUGGAAGGUUUUGCUUUUGGAAUCUAUGUUUGGAGGUGUCUUUUCUGUGCCUGUGAACAAUCCUCACCUGCGCAAAUCUGGAAGUAGGCUCAUCAUCGCUAAUCUUGAAGGAGAGAAUGACUUGAAGAACUCAAGUAUGCAACUAGGUACAAUUGCCAAACUGCGAAGCCCUUUAAUCCUUAGCAGCCUCAAGGUUGCUUUGUAUGUCGGUGGUCUUUAUGUUUGUGGAAAGAUUGGAUGGGAAUCUGUAAUGAAAAUGGGAUUAGACACAAGAGAACUGUUCUUCUAUGAGACCUUUCUGUAUUACAAUCCUCUCCUUCUCAUUACAAUGAUGGUUUGGCUCUGGGGUGUGAAUCUGUGGGUGUUUUCUCGAACUGGAGUCGAUUACGCAGCAAUAUUUUAUCUAGGACCAGAUCAUCUUAGUCACAAAGAGAUAUGGAAGUGUGCUAGGUGGAUGACGACGAUAAUAUUGACUAGCAUGACUGCCUAUCUGUACCUAUACUCGCAUGGAGAUGUGUCCUUGGCUGCUUCUCAACCAAUUGUUUUGUAUCUCUCUGCUGUGAUCAUUCUCAUCAUCCCUUUCGAUAUCUUCUACAUGUCCUCUCGUUACUACUUGCUAUGGACUUUUUGGCGCAUUCUCUUCCCUGUUAAGACGGUUUCGUUUUCAGACUUCUUCCUAGCUGAUAUCCUUACUUCUUUGUCAAAGGUUCUGUCCGAUUUGGAGCGUUCUGUAUGUCGUAUGGUCCAUAGACAGGUAGCUACUGUUGCAUGGUUUGAAGCAGAUUCUGUUUGUGGGAGUCAUUCGGCUGUAAUCCCCUUAGUUCUUGUUCUACCUUAUCUUUUCCGUCUGUUCCAAUGCAUUCGUCAGUACAAAGAUAGCAAAGACAUUGCAAACAUCUGGAAUGCUGGGAAGUAUUUAACGGCAGUGCCAGUCAUCUUUCUAUCAGCACUCAAGUAUUUUAUCGAUCAGGAUACAUGGACUUACUCCAUUCAGCCUGCUUGGAUCCUCUCUGGCCUAGCCAACACUUUCUUCUCCUUCUUUUGGGAUGUUUUACGCGAUUGGGAUCUAAGUGUCUUCACUCGGAUUUUCAAAUUCACCAAACCAAAUCUUUGCUCUCAUCUUCUUUAUGGACGCCGUUGGGUGUAUGUUUGGGUGAUUGGAAGCAAUCUAGUACUAAGGUGGACAUGGACGUACAAGCUAUCAGCUCAUCUCCGUAACAACUACAUCACGGUCUUCAUCAUCACUCUUCUGGAGAUUUACAGACGGUUCCAGUGGGCGUUUUUCCGUAUAGAGAACGUGUGGUACAAGAUCAACAACCCCAAGCGUACUACUUCUCAUCAGACGAAUCCUGUUUCACUCCAAAACGAUAACGGUGGCGAACAGGAGAAGUUACUCGCACAUAGUCACAGCCUCGGUGUAUAAGAAGAAUGCCACAGGUUUUCUUGUUUCUUUGCUGAGGUUUUUGAAACAAGUUUUGAACAACAAGCACAUACAAAGUACGCUUUCUUUUGUACUUUAUAACUUGUAACUUCUAUUACAGAGAAAUAGAGAGAGAGAGAGAGAGAGAGAGAGAGGCUGACUCUCUAAUAUACAGAAAGAUGUGUAACUUUUAUAGACUACUGGAAUAAUAUAAACAUUACCUGUUUUGUGAACUUAAAA